AUGGGUUCGGAAUCUUCUUCUCCCAAGCUGCUCUUCUUAGACUUCUCAAAGCCAGAAGUCAUGACACAAGGUAGUCCAGAGUGGGAAACCCUUAGAUCCCAAGUCCGCGAGGCGCUCCAAGAGUAUGGCUGCUUCGAGGCGUCCUACGACGACAUUCCGUCCCACGCUCGCAGUGCCAUUUUCGGAGCCACGAAAGAGCUUUUCGAGUUGCCUCUGGAGACCAAACUGCGGAAUGUGUCCGAGAAACCGUUCUACGGCUAUAUAGGGCAAGUUCCUGGGCUCCAGUUGUAUGAAAGCUUGGGGAUAGAUGAUGCCGAUGUUUCAGAAAAGGUUGAAACCUUUACCAACACGUUGUGGCCUCAAGGAAACCCAAGUUUCUGCAAAACAAUUCAUUCAUACGCAGAGCAGCUUUCGAAACUGGACAAAAUAGUGAGGACGAUGAUUGGUGAAAGCUUUGGACUUGACAAAUACAUGGAUGAACACUUCGACUCCACAAACUACCUGUUGCGGGUCAUGAAAUACAACUGUCCCAACAACCUUGAUAAUAUUGCACUUGGGAUGAAUUCCCACACGGACAAGAAUAUCGUGACCAUAUUGCUUCAGAAUCAAGUUGAGGGGCUAGAAGUGCAAACCAAAGAUGGCAGCUGGAUUAAAUUCCAACCUUCUAGUCCAACCUCUUUCAUCGUUAUAAUUGGUGAAGCUCUCAACGCUUGGUUGAACGGCCGACUGUAUUCACCGUAUCAUAGAGUUAUGAUGACUGGAAAUGAGGUCAGAUACUCUUUGGGUUUGUUCUCAGUCCCUAAAGCUGGCUAUAUGAUCAAAGCCCCAGAAGAAGUGGUUGACAAACAACACCCAUUAGUGUUCAAGCCCUAUGAUCAUGCAGAAUUUCUUUCCUUCUACCACACUGAAGCAGGCCGAAGAGCAACAUCUGCUUUGCAUGCAUACUGUGGAAUCUAA